CGCACCUCCAUCCUCUCCCGCAUCCCACCUUGAUCAUGGUCGUCUGGCUUUCUAAACCUUUAGGCGUCUGGCAUACGUAUCGCGAUCCUGGCCCUCCGGACCCUAUGUUGGCGGACUGGGAGGCGGCCAUGAUUCACCAGCGGUGGUUAGAUUGGUACCGCGCCGACUGGGACUACGGCCAGACCACGAUCGCUUUCUUCUGUGCUGCCAUCGCCGCAGCGAUCGUCCUGUACAGUGUCGUUUUCCUGCGCGACAAGGUUAGGCAACGAAGACCAGCCCCUGCAUCAGUCAAACGGGAGAAGGGAGCGCGAGUAGCGCCUGGAGUUCUGGAUAGAUUGACCGCCGCCUGCCGCUACGCAUCCUCACGACAAUUCUCCAUCGAACGCUUGGGCUACUACUCACCACCGCUCUCCGCAAUCCUCCUCGUCUGUGGGAUGGCCAUUUUCAUAUUGAGCCUGAUUCUCUCCGUCCGCCCAUACUACUGGCCAAACCCCAUGAUGGGCCACAGCAUGCCCAUCGCGACGCGCAGCGGUUGGAUCGCCAUGGGCAUCCUGCCUUUCAUGAUCGCGUUCGCAACCAAGGUCAACUUCGUCGCCAUCCUCACCGGGUCCUCGCACGAGCGGCUGCAGGUCCUCCAUCGGUGGUCGGCGCUGCUGAUGUACCUCGCUGCGCUCGUGCACACCUUCCCUUUCGUCUAUUGCGAUAUCCGGGAUGGUGUUUGGAAAGAGAGGUACAAUUCGAAGCUAUACUAUUGGAGCGGGUUUCUCGCGCUCGCUCCGCAGACAUACCUUGUGCUGCUCUCGUGGGGACCGUGCCGCAAUCGGUACUACGAGAUAUUCAAGAAGAUGCACUAUCUCGCUGCCGCCGUGUUCAUGGUCGCCCUCUUCAUCCACACCGACUGGAUCCUCACGUCGUGGGAUUACUUCUGGGGCACCGCCGCCGCCUGGGGCCUCGCCCGCCUCAUCCAAACCGCCCGCACCCUCUAUCACAGCCGCCUCGGGCUCCCCGCCACCAUCGAGGCUCUCCCCGACAACUUCCUCCGCAUCCGCAUCCGCGCGCCGCGCCCCCUCGCCAUCGCCCCCGGGCAGCACGUCUUCCUGCGCUUCCUCGAUGCGGGGCUGCAUGCAUUUACGUCGCAUCCCUUUACGGUGUGCGGUACGGGCCAUGAGGGGCGGACGGCGGAUGUGGUGCUGAGGGUGAGAGGGGGGACGACGAAGGCUCUGGCGGCGAAGGCCGCUGGGAGGCCGGUUGUGGCGACGCGGGUCAUGGUGGAUGGACCGUAUGGUGGGGUUCCGGUGGCUCUGGGCACGUAUGACCGGGUGCUGUUGUUGGCUGGCGGAAGUGGCGCAACGUUCACCGUCCCAAUCCUCGCCGACCUGGCGCAAAAGCUGAAGCGCGGGGAGGCAAGAUGUAAGCGGAUAGGCUUCGUCCUCGCGGUGCAGCACGAAGACUCCUACGCAUGGAUGGAGGAGCAACUCACCGCCGUGCGCGACCUCCUGCCGCCCGAUGCACUCAGCAUCUCGAUCCACGUCACAAGAGAAGACGUCCCCGAGGAGGAGAAGAGCACCUCGCCUGAGUCCUCCGUCGAGUCGUUAUUCAGCCGUCCCAAUCUGCCCAACAUCAUCUGCGAGGCGGCGCGCGUCACGAAUGGGACGCUUGCGGUAGCUGCUUGUGGCCCCGAUCCCUUCUUGCUGGACGUGAGGAACGCCGUCGCGGAUUGCCAGCUCACCAUCCUCGACGGCUUCGGUCAAUGCCGCGAGAUCUUCCUGCAGACCGAAAACUUCGGAUGGUGAGGGAGUGAGCGGCUUUGUCGUAAGUCUGCAUCUCGGGUCGUUGAGGAGGCCAGGUGGUGAACGCAUCAGGCGUGGUUUUGUGUGACGGAGUAUUUAUUUACGGGCUACCUUGGACAUGUAUCAAUAUUUGAGAAGAUUCAUUUACGAGCACACGACGUAGCGUCAGUCUGAGCGUACGCUUUGGACGGAAGGGUAUUCGGGCGAUGGCUUUGACACGAUCACGAAGAGCAACGUUCGACUUCAACCUGAGGCGGACUGAAUUGAACACCUCAUAUUUGUUCGACUUAUGCAUUCGUAUCCGGUGUCGC